UAUAGGUAUUUAUUUAUGUGUUUUUUCAAAGCGGCUGUCUUAGCUAUUCAUUCUUAUUUCAUUCAUUUUGUAGUCUUAUAAAAAUUUUGGCCUAAACAAUAAACUUAUAAUUACACUACAUUAUUGUAUAAUAAUUUGAUAAGUAUCAAGUUUUAUAGAAUAUGGAAGGAUUUAUUGAAGUAAAUGAAAUAUCUGAUUUUAUUUCCUACAUCCGUAGCAUUGAGUGGCGUGAUCCGUGGCUAAUUGCUUUGUUGUCAUUCCAUGUUCUAAUUACUGUCACGUGUUUUUCAACCAGAAAUUAUGGCAACUUUCAAGUGAUUCUCUUCAUCAUACUAUUACUCCUGGUAUAUUUUUCGGAAAGCAUAAACGAAGUGGCAGCCAGGAAUUGGGCACUAUUUUCCAGACAACAGUAUUUUGAUAGUAAAGGACUAUUCAUAUCAGUCGUGUUCUCCAUUCCUAUACUGUUAAACUGCAUGAUAAUGGUGGGAUCGUGGCUCUACCAAUCAACACAGAUAAUGACAAAUUUGAAGAAAGCCCAGCUAAGACAGCGUUUGAAAGAGAUGAACAUGAAUAGAGAACAACUCCAGCAUUUGAAGUCCCAGUGAACAGUGAUGUAAGAGUCAAUUAAUAUUAUAGAUAAAGAUUGUGACACGGAAAUAUUUUUGCUAUGGGAUGCGGUGUGGCGAACGUUUUAGUCUAAUGUUACCAAAUUCAGUGAUAAAACCUGUGUUACUGAUAUAUGUGUGUAAUUAUUGAAUGGACAGUCAUAGGGGACGGGCGCACGUGUAGUGUCUUAGUUCGUCAUUCUUGCCGAAUAUUAUUCCUAUAUUUUAUGCAAAUUCGACAUCGAGGUAAAUAUUACGCAUCGCAUUAUAUAAACACGACUAGGAUUCUAAUAUUUAACUCUUCAAUAGGGUGCCUACGCAUAACAAAAUCGUAUUUUUUUUAAUUAAUUAUAAUAAUCCUUUUAAUUAUAUAAAUAGACAUAAUUAUAGCUAGAACAUUGUUAUGAAAGAAUCAAUUGUAUUUUAUCAUCAUUCAAACCAUUCAUUGUCCACUACUGGACAUAGGCCAGUUUAUUACAUGUUUAAUACAUUUUCUGUUGCAGUAAAAGGUUUCACUCCUAUUUCAUGCUAUACUUUAUCAUAUUAUCAAUUUAUUAAUCACAGUGUAUUGCUUUGUAUGUCAUACUAAUCUUUGUGUGCAGUUUUAUUUGUGUAGGUACUAUACAAUUUGUGACGUGAUCAAAAUCCUUGUAGGUUUCAGUGAAAAUUUCACUUUUCUCCGUUUUUCUUCAUAAUAUUUUGUGUCCUUACUUCCACUAAUCAACACAUUCAGUGUCGUACUUGCAAUUUGUGAUAGACAACUAGAUAACGCCCAUUUAGGAAUAUAAAUUGCACGUCUUUAUUAAUGAUCCAUAAAAUAUAAUUAGAAGUAGAUGAAAAAAUGACAGAUUCAUUUAAAAAUAGGCUGCAAUGCAACAUUGUUUACUUGCUCGCAAAUUGUUUCUUGAAAUCUCAUUUUUCUUAUUUAUUUUUUCUACUCUAUAUGACUCUAUUUCAUACGUUUCGGAUUUCGGGAGCCGGUGUUAAAACGUCUUUUCGUUUAGGCUGCAGGGCCGAUGCCGGAUGCUGUCGAUAAUUCUCAUAAAUAUCUGCUUACUUUACAGUUGGGUAAAAACUUACAAGGGAAUAUUGUUAUAGGAGCUAAGACUAUAACGUUAGCGUUUGUACUGAUAGAAACGCUUAUCUAGUUACUUGUCUACAGACACCGGUCUUGGCGUUCUAGAUGGCAUUUCCAGAUGUUUCGAGAACAGGGUAACUUAGUUUGUGAACCAGACGAUUUGUUUAGUGAGUGUUAGAAAUUUAUUAUGGACGUUGAUUUUUUAAAAGUUAAUUUUUAAAGUAAUACGGGAGUGUAAUAUAUACGUAUAUAUGUAAGUCGUUCAAUCUAUUUUGACUUUAUCAUGUUGAAGGACUUGCAACUUAAUGACGACUACAUUAAUGUUUUUUUCAAAGGUCAACAAAAUAUUCUUGACAUUUCACAUUAAAAUUAACAUGAGUAAACGCAACUUAAUUUUUGUGUUUUUUUUUUUUUUAAUUAAUGUUGAAUAAUGUUAAUGCGGCAAUAAUAUGAUCAGCUAUAAUAUAAAGUUAUGUGAUCACAAUAUGAUCGAUUAUCUAUCUAUUCGAAGCAGAAAUAUUUAUUAAUCUAUAAUUUCAAUAUUUCUUCAAUACUAAUAGUGGGUAGUAGGAAAAAGCAGUAACGGUAUGCUCGGUUCAGUGUAUGUUCUUUUAUUAGGUUAGACAAAUGAAAAUGUUUUAUUUUAUUAAUUUGUCAUAUAGACAACUACUUUUAACAUGUGCAAUAAACUCUAAUAUUAUUCCACUGUAAUUUUUUGCAUUUUAUAUAUUUAUUACUUAAUCUAAAAUUAUUUAAUGGCUAAAAGUGUUCGUUGUAUUUGAAUUCGAAUUAUGAAUCGUGUGACAAAGAAAGGGGACUUAAAAAUAAGCUAAAGGGUUAAAACACAUCAUCUUGCUACGAUACGAUAUAAAUAUGGUGUCAUUAAGUGUAUAUAAAAGAAGUUGUGUCCCGCAACUUCGCUCAUGGUCGCGUCGUGAUGUUGAAUAGUUUUCCAAAAUUCUAAAGAUUAAUGCACACAUAUUGCCCCUGGUAUUGCAGACGUUCAUAGGCUACGAUAACCGCUUACCAUCAAGUGGGCCGUAUGCUUGUAUAUACUUUCUUAUAUACUAUAAUAUUUUCGCUAUAGCAGCGUUUAUCAAUAUGCACCAGAUGACGUCUUUGUACAGAUUUUUUGUACCUCUGUUCUACUUUCAGCCGAUAUGCAGCUGUAUUGACACGACUAUGUUUCAGUUUGUAUUAUGAAAUAUUGCAGUGAAAUUACCAGGGCCUUAUACCUUAGGAAUCACUAUAGACGUAUAUUCUUGUAUAUCUAUAGAGUUGUGGAGACGUUUGGUCUAUAGAUGUACCUAGAAUUAAAUUAUAAAGAGUAAAUUGAAUUAGAUUUGGUGUUGCCAAUUUUAUUAAAAUUAUUUUACUUUAUUGAAAAUUUAUAUAACUUGAUACAAGAGCCGUAUCCGGCACUAUAAAUAGUAAACAUAAGAUAACGUGUCGUGUUUAUAUAUCUGUCUACAGUUCGAGGCAACGUUGAUGUGUUUUCGCCCUUAAAUAGUCUCAUUUUAAUUAUUUUUAAGUUUGUUAGUAAUUAUACAUGCAUUUGGAUUUAAAAGGUUAAUAUUUACGACUAAAACUACUUACGAUUAUUAGAAGUGCAGUUUACUAUAUAUUCAUAGAUAAAAAAUGCAAAAAGGGAGACUGUACAAAAGUCGAUUGCUUGGGUACCUCUGUUCCAUUCGUGUUUCAACCGUGAAGCAGCUGUGUUUGCAUGGCUGUGUUUCGGUUUGAAGGGUGGGAUAUGGCGUGAAUUUACUGGGUACAGAGGAAUAACAACUGAGUCCUCAAGAAUGGCAACGCAUGGGGGUUAUCAUGGGCGAAAGAGUAUACUCUGUUAUGUCCAUGGUACAGCUCAUGUCUAUAGGCGUCGGUUACCACUAUCUAUCAGGUGGGCCGUCAGCUUGUUUGCCAUUCUAAGUUAUAUAAAAAAAAGUAUAACGUAAUUAUGGUUAAUUUUACUAAAUGUAUAUUUUCAAAAUUCAACAUAACUUACCCAAUAUAAAAGUACGUUAAUAUUGUAACAAUAAACACACUGUAGAUACUCUGAAUAAAUAAAUAUAUAACUUUCCAGCUAAGUGUCUAGCUAAUGAAAUUAAUUACAACCUUCAUACAAAAAUUGGGCAAUUAAACAUGGAAGAGGCCUAAGGAUUAAUGUUCACGUAAAGUAUUCGCAUAUAAUAUCCAAAAAUCAGUACUAAAUCAACGAACAUUACUAUGCUAACACGUUUAUCGUCGUUUAACCACUCGUAACUGGCAUUUAUAAAAUACUAUCUUUAAACCGCGACUGUGUCUGCGUGACCACGAUAUGUUUAUUAACCGGAAUAAAAAAUCACCUAUAUCCUUCUCCAUCUCUUAUAGUACGUGUUAAGUAUACACGUAUAUUUUAUAAUGAUUGGUUAAGCCGAAGUUAUAACUUUUUUUUAUGUUACCUAGCGAAAUAAUUUUGCUUCAGUAAAUUCAGAAAUUAUUUUAAAAUCAACUAUUUACAUUUUGGUUUCAUCGUAUUUGGAAAAAAUUUUGAAUAAAUAUUUUAUAAUAAUAUCAACACAUGUUUUACUGAAUUAGGUGUUUGCAGAAGUUCAUAUAAUUGGUUUCUUCAUUAGAUAAAAACUAAACAAAAUAAUUGUAAUCAACUAACCAUCAAUACAUUCGUCUAUUUGCGGUCAAUAUCGUAACAACAAACUAAGUUUUAAAACUUAAGGUAGCUUAGGCUUCUUUUAGGAAUCAAAUAUAAUUUAUAAUGACAACUGAUCCGAUAAUCAUUAUUAUGACAUGCUGUUUGCCAUUUUUGUUUAUGUACCGUAACGCCAAUGAAAAAAAAAAAAAAACAAAUUGUUUGACCGAAAUUGAGUAGGCUGUACUGUUUGUUUUUCUAUUUUCAUGAUUCGUGUGUUUUGUAAUUUUUAAUAGUAAGUAUUACAUACUUAAUCCGAUUUAGAAUAUAGAAAACAUUUUAGUUUUUUUUAUUUAUAUUUUUAUUUCGUUUGACAUAUUUUAAUGUUCGUUAGGGGUGGGUAAUAUAAUAUAAUAUAGCAAUAUCUAUACUUAUUACUUACAAUAUCUAUGUAUUGGUCCCAUAAGGAAUAUACUAAAAGUCUGUUAUCUAAUAUUAUUUUUUGGAUAACAGACUUUUAACAUAUUCGAAAACCGAUAUCCGCUCUAUAUGGGCGAUAUUACAAUGGGUGACGAACUUUUUUCCGCCAUUAUAGAUCCAGAGUAACCUGAUAUAUAGAUAUCGGAUUGGUAUACAUAUUAUCCAUGCUUAAGUUCAUUUAUACUAUUAUGUAUGUUUUGGUCCUAUUCUCUAGUUAACAAAUUUAAGAAAUUUGACUCAGAUUGUUUUAUAUACUUGUCUUUGUGUUCGUUUUUUAUUGUUGAUUAUUAAUUAUUAGUUUAAAUAUGUCAAAUCCUAAAUAGAGGACAUGUAGGUACGUACACACACGAAUAAUAAGCGUAAUGUCCUAUUGCAAUAUUAUUAGGGUUCGUUUUUAAAUUUCAACUACUAGUCCUAUCACUAAUUUUGAUUGUCCAAUUUCAUGUUCUUAUUACGAACGCUUGGUAUUGGCUAUUGAAAAUGGUCUCAUCAUUCUAUCUCGUGUCUAAUCAGAUAUCAGUGACGCUUAUCAAAUAAUCACAUGCGAUAAAUAUAGAUUAGGUACACGACUGUAAAUAAAUCUGCUUUCGUAUAAAUAAAUCAUGUUUUAUAGGUCAUAUAUCUGAUGGUACAUUGUAAAGGUUGCUAAAACACUAUUUGAUAGUUUAUCUAAUAUAUAUUCAUAUUGUUUGCGCCUAACAGGUCGAUACACUUACAACACAACCAGAUAAAAUGUUUUUUUAUCUAUUACAAGGUUAGAAAGAAUCACGCCUUAGUAAAACUUAAAAUGCAUACAGUAUAUGUUAGAUAGAUUAUUUGAGAGUAGGUAUAAAAGGAAUUUUUGAAAUGUCCCUCUUAUAAUUAGAGCGGUAAAUUUUUUUUUUAUAAAAUCAAUAACGAAACAUAGCUUGUAAAAACGCUCUCCAUAUAAAUUCAAUGGAUAUACACGUGAAGAUAAAGUAUCUGAAAAUACUAUAUAUCUGUAGAUAAUAUAUCUUAUUCCCAUACAUAACAUAGUAUCUGCACCUUAAUUGAUGGUCUAUAAUUAUAGCCGUUUUUAUUUAAGUUGUAAUGAAGUAAUUACAUGAAAUAGCAUUGUCAUUCUGUGACCUCUUUUUAUAAAUGAUGAAUAUGUGAUAUAUGGUUGGUGCAAUUGUUACAUAAAUUAACCUAGAAACCGGUUGAAAGUAUAAAAUGUAAUUACGUUGACAUAAUGGAUUUUUCAUUUUCACACUCGUUUGCGUUUUUUAAUAAAUAUUAACAUAUCACGUGAGGCGAUUAUGGUAUGCGUCCGCUGCACAUAUGUAUAGUGUGAAUGGGCGAAUAUUCACAAAGGUCAUUCGCGUGUAAUAUAACAGUUCAAAAACGAACAUUAUAUCAGUAAUGUUAUAUAAUAUCAUCAUGUUACAUGAAUCUAUUCGUUCACAUAUAUGGGUGAGCAUUAACUGCGAUCCAUAUGAAUCCAUCUCCAAAUGGAUCAAUGGGCUAAUUAAAAUCCACACAGAUUUGACGUCAAUUUAUAAUUAUAAUAAUAUAAUAGUAUUUAAUAGUCAUAGUUCAUAGGUAUUGCAAUUAUAUUAAUUAUGUACACUUGCUCGAUUACUCUGAUAAUUGUUACAAUAUAACCUAAUUCGAACACACUUUCAAUUGCCUCAACUUAUACGGCCUUUUGCCCGACGGCGUGGACAAUAUUAGUAAUAUAAUAGACAACAGUUAUCAUAUAAAUUAGUGCCAUAGUUUAAUAAUACGCUGUAGUGUUAUUAUAUCUUUAUCUAUUUAGUCUCGAAAUGUGUAUUAAUUUAAUAAAUUUUAUUUUACUUUUAUAGUACACAAGUGUGACCCUAUGUUUUUCGUUUAUGCUUGAUAAUCAAUUUCUGCGAUGCUGUGAGUUUAUUUAAGAGGGCAUACUUUCUAAAAAUCUCAUCACCGUCGUCGAUUGUUAAUUUUUGUAGUUAUUCAUUUAUUAUUAUCAUUUUAAAUGAGUGAUUCGAACAAUAACAAAAAAUAUCCUAUUUGUAGUUGCCAUAUGGUAACACUUUAAAUGUAAACGUUCCAAAUAGAGUUUAUAAACACAGUUCUAAUAAAAUUAUUGAAUAUUAUUUUAAAUUUUUAUUCUAAGUAAAAUGAUAAUACGUGAUGAAUGUAAAAAAUUGAUAAACAAUCGCGACAUUAUGGUCUUAGUAAAGACCAAUUCUUAGGGUGAGUAUUUACUGCAACCGUGCAAAUGUAAUACAACAAAUAAUUUUACAUGAGCAUUUUUUUUUUUUCACUAUAAUCACAUCUUAACGUAUUCAGAUUUCAUGUAAUGUUCGAUUGCGAUCUGUUACGUUACACGCGAAUGCUUUUAGUGAAUACUCACUCUUAAGUUAUAAAAGCUUUAGUAGAAUUUAAUAAAUGACGACGCUAGUUAAUCUUUUUCCCAGAAAAAUAAACGCUAUUUUGCUUUUUAAAUUUAUUAAUUAUGAUUGUAAUUGUUGUAAAAUAUAUAUGUUUCGUAAUUUGAUAAUUUUUAAUAUUAUGUAUUAGAAAUAAUUUUAGUUUUUUUUUUAAUUCAUAAAUAAAAGGACGUGCCUAAACAAUGGUAAUAAAUUACUACCAUAUAUUGACGUCCAUCGCUUAAGAAUAUUGUUAUCAAUUAAUAUAUAUUUAAGAGAACGCGUUGCUUUUGAGUAACAAAUGGAAGACUGAGUCGUAGUGUGAUUAUGUGGUUACUGGGAGUCAUUAAUUUAAGUUUAAUAUUUGCCUAGUUACUUAAAUACUAUGUAUGUAAUUUGUAUUCUGUGAACCAUUGUAGAAGUCUGCCAACAUUAACGCAACAUUAUAAGACAUUUAUUGGACCACAGCACGUAUUUCUUUCUUAUUUAACUAUCUUACUAAUCAAAUAAUAUAUGGAUACAUUUAUCACAGAAACUAUAUUAAGAUUAAUUAUUAAUAAAAAAAGAAAAUAGUGACGUCGAUUCUGAGGUUACAUUACUUAAACAUAUUUAUUAACUUACAAUUUUAAUUUGAUAGUUUAACAAAGUUAUUGUGGUAUAGCUCAUCUAGAAUUAAAUAUAAAGGAGUUCGACGCAAUAUUACAAAAAAAUUAGUUAUUAAUCAAUUUGCUAUUUUUUUUAUUUUAAUGAUAGAGAAUAAUGCUUCAGAAUCGACUCCAUUGUGCUGGUACACAAUGCUUUCAAGUGGGCUUUCAAUGGAAGUUUUAUCUGAUGCUGAUGGCCAGCUAAUCUCAAAACCUUUUAUUGUUUGUUGGCAUAUUUUGUUUUCUUUAAGUAUAAUUUGUGUAUACAUAACAAAAGAUAUAGCAAUAGCAUAAUCUUAUUUUGUUUAAAUAGGCUCGCAGAUUGAAGACUAAUACGUAUGAUUAUUGAAAAAAUACAAGAGUCUAUGGUUAAUUUUUAUCAUCGAUAAAUGUCAAUGGAUUCUUUUUUUGAGCUUUGGAAAAGGAAAAUUCGGCAAAAAUCUUGGUAUUUAAAUUUACCUAUCAAUGACUAUGAAUGUAUCAGUAGACUCAUGUCCAACUAGGUUAUUAGAUCCCAAUAAAUUAUUAAAUUUAAUAUAAUUUCAAUUGCUAAUAAACGGCGCCUGUGAACAUCUACAUAAUAUUUAUCUAUCUGUGAUAUUUAUCGAAUUCCGGAAAAGAAGACCACUUUUGAAAAUUUUGCCACUAUUCGCAAAUUAAUAUAAUACUGGCCAAGAAAAGCCAGUUUAUUAAAUGCCGACGAUUAAUGAAAAAGUUUUUUUUUUUUUAUUGUUUUUCCUUAUUGGGUAUAUCAACUCGAUCGAAUACUUGACAAAUUUACUAAAAUUGUGGAAAGAAAGUUAAUGAUUUAGAGAAAUUUUAAAAAAAUACUUAAGCUUGACUAAAUGUAGUUAAAAAAAAAAAAAAAACUAAAGAAAUUGGCAUAUUUAUUUAUUACUUCGGAGGCUCGAAAUCUCGGCAAAUACUAAAUAAAUUUACAUUUUGUGUCUAAUUUUAGAUCUAUUUAUUGGUAUUCGGGAUCAAACAUGGACUCAAUUUAUUGAAAAGUAUGCGGAGGUUAAUCAAAAAUGUAUAUUGAAUGGAGGCCAUUCAAAGUUACAAUAUCAUACGUAUGUGUAUGUUGAUGUGCGAACCUCGUAUAAUUAUUACCUACGUUAUCUGUAGAUUAAUUGGCAGUGAGACGUUUCUUGCGGUAGGAGAGAGUAUCUAACAUAAUAGUAAACCUAACUACAAAAUAUAGAACACAAUUUUAUUCAUUAAUUUUUGGUUACUUAAUAAAGCCUUGACACCAUUUAAAAAGAAAUUUACAUAGAUAUACAAAAAAGUUUAAAGGCAAAUAAUUUAGUAUUGACCCCAACGGGUCAAUACUAAAUUAUAUAUAAUUAUAUAAUAUAAAAAGUCAACACUUUUCGUAUAAAUUUAAGGUACCCGUGCGAUCUUUAUCACUCUAUGGUGUAAGGUUUAUUGAACCAGUGACCGGAAUAUAUGUAUUGACCGGGAUAAAAUGUAGCCUAUAACUCCAUGCCAUAUAGUAUGUGUAUACAAAAUUUCAUAGUGGUUAAGCCGUUAAGGCAUUAACAGGUAACAGAUAAACACGCUUUUAAAUUUUUAAUAUUAGUAUGAAAGUAAGAAUGAUACAUGUCUUGAGAUUAUGUACACACAAAAAAUUGCGAUACGUCGUGGGUUACAUUUAACAUAUACAUACUACAAAGUACUAAAUUAUUCUAUGAUUUUCAUACUCCUUACACUACAUGUCGUCAUAGUCGUAGAAUACUGACGGAUCUUUAUAUGUAAUCUUUGUCAGAUCCGUCAGUAUUCUACGACUAUGACGAUGUAUGAGUAUUUUAAAUGUCUAGCAUGUGUUUAUAGCUCGCAGUCCUUCCUCAUCGAUACCUCAGAAAACGUCUCGUUUAAUGUACUAUAAUUUAUGUAUUUAUUUUUAAAGUUUAUAUUGCAUUACUAAUAUAAUAAAGGAAUUGAACGCAGUUCGUUUUUUUAUUUUAUAUAUGUAUUAUACCAAUCUACAUAUUAAAAUUCAUUAUUAUCUAUGGAAUUUAUAUUUUUAAUUUAAUUAAUAGCAAUAUAUAAUUUACUAGAUCUUAUAAUUUAUUAAUCAUUCCUAGAAUUUUAAUUUGAGGUAUUUUAUUAUUCACAACCAGUAAAAUUUACAUUUAUUAUAUAAUAAACUACUUUGCAUACUCGUUGUUAAACUGUACCGUUAAUUUUUUUUUUUGUCCUAUGAUACUGACUUGUAUUAAUUCGUUGGUCUUGACAGCUUUUCUGAACUUAUUUACAGAAUAGCUGCAGAUAUUCCUAGAAAUGCUAGAAAAUUUUUACCACAGAUAGCCCCUUCAUGUAUGAAGAUAUUUUCGAUGCUUAAAAUUAUAGAUUAGUUUUUUAUUUUAAUAUUAUUU